GAUCUCUCGCUUGGCGUUGGACCUUGUCAGGCUCAUUGACAGGUACAAGCACGUGGACAAGCAGCUUUGGGUUUACUUCCAGUUUCAGGGCCCUACACUUCGCCCUACAUAUCAACUGAGAUGCAGAGCGGUGCAGAGUAUGCUAGAGACUGCUCGGAGACCGCUCCUUGCACUCUACUCCAAUGGCGGCCCCGCCGCCCAAGUUUCGGAUUGCCGAAACUGGCUGCCACAUACUGUCAACCAAACGCAGCCAGGUGAACCACGGACACUAGCAAGGGCCUUGGCCGACAUAUCACCAGGAGAACCGUUACUUCCCGUAGCCAGAGCACAUGGUCGCAUGGUGCACUUUAUACUUAAAUAUAUGGGACACGAGAUGCGAGGAGAGGCGAGAGCUUUUCUCCUGGCGCCGAUUGCGGCGGAUGGGACCGCCGCCAGGUUUGGCGUCUGGGCGCCAACGGCAGAUCUGCGCGCCAAAGCUGGAACUUCUUCGCCUGUUGCCCCUCCGUCCUUGAUUUUUUACGCCAUGGAACAUUCUAUUACGCUGCUAGAUGUGCUUCGCGUCCUUCCCACAGAAGGCCGUGAAGCCAUUUUCGGCUCAACUUUCUCGCCGGAUUUCGCCGGCGCUCGCCUGGCGUGCCAGGAUCUGAAGCGAUUUCAUGAUGAUAGCAUCACACACUUUGGUGUCGUCGUUGAGCAAAUACACUUGCACUCCAUCCUCCGCACGCCCCUGCUGUCAAACUUCAGUCGCUGCACCAAGGUAUCUUUAUAUCUAGACGGAAAUGCUGGCGGCGGCCACCUCGUCAGCCUGGUGCUCGCUGGAGUCAGCGCGGCAAUCCGGCAGCGCAUCACCCAGCUGCACGUGGGCAAAGCCCCUGCGCAAGGCACCAAAUUUAUCCGAGACGACUCGCACGACGCGCUGCACAUCGUGCAAGCCUGCGCGCCGAUGCUGCCGUCGCUGGAGGAGCUCGUCCUCGACUUCCACGACCACGGGCCCCCCCGCGCGCACGAGCACCUCCUCUUCCAGCUGCUCGCCACCUUCCUGCCCAACCUGCGCAGGCUGGUGGUUCCGGCCAUGUGGGACCGCGGGAUGUCGGGCGUGGGUGCGCUGGCCGCCUGCCCGCAGCUCAGCAGCCUCAUCAUCACCAGCCCCAAGGCCCUGCGGCUCACCUGGGACAUGCUGGAGGGCCUGUCGCGCCUGCCGCGCCUGCGCCACCUGCUGCUGGCCUGCUCCGGCCUCACCGGCCGCACCGACGACCUGACGCACGCGCUGUUCAGCACGCACCGCCCGCCGGCCGCACACACCAUCACCAUCAGCCCCGUCCCCAACAAACCCACCCUGCAGCUCAAGUACGGGCCCCUGCAGCCGCCCCUGCAGCCGCUGCCGCAGCCGCACCCGCAGCCACACCUCGCGGCAGCAGGAACAAGCACCUCCGCCUCCACCUCCACUGCCGCCGCCGCCUCGGCAGCCCAGCCUGCCGGGGCCGCCUGGGGCAUCUGCCACGUGCUGGUGGGCACGCGGCGCGGCAGCGGCGCCUACAACGGCCACGACUCCGACCUGCCUGGCCUCAGCCAGGUGGCCGCGCUGGUCCUCGGCGCCGCCGACCGCCUGCGCCAGGCCGCCAUCCCCCACCUGGCGAUCCAGGUCGCCAGCGGCCCAGGCGACCGGCACCAGCCCGACUGGCACCAGCAGCCGGGGCUGCUGGCAGCCGGCGCCGCCGGGGCACCGCUGCCGCGUCUGGUGGCGCGCUGCGCCCGCGUGGAGCUGGGCUGGCUGUUGGUGCGGCCCUGGCAGGAGCCAGCGGCGCCGGCGGCGGUGGUGCGGCUGCUGGGGAUGCCGCGGCAGCUGUCGCUGUGCCACGGCAGGUGGCGGUGCCGGAUGGAGGAGGACACGCCGGCUGCAGCGGAGGAGGGGCGGCCCGCGGGGCGGGAGCAGCAGCAGCAGGAGUGGGGUCAGGAGCGGGUGCAGGGCGAGGGGCAGGGUGAGGGGCAGGAGGGGCAGCAGCAGGCGCGGGGUCAGCAGGGCCCACAGGCGCCACAGCCACAGCGCCGCGUGCUGUCCCUUGCCGCCCUCACGCCACUGCAGCUGCUGCAGGAGGUGGUGGACCGCCUGCGGACACACGCAGAGCGCCACAAGCAGCAGCAGCAGCAGCAGGAGCAGCAGGAGCAGGAGCAGGAGGAGCAGCAGGAGCAGGAGCAACAGCAGCAGCAGCAGCAGGAGCAGCAGCAGGAGCAGGAGGAGCAGGAACAGCAGCAGGAGGGGCAGGAGGGGCAGGAGGGGCAGCAGCAGCAGGAGGGGCAGGAGGGGCAGGAGGACGCCUCGGCGGCACCUGGACUCGGGGACCUGGCAGGUGGGGCUGCGGCGUGCGGCAGCAGCAGCGGCAGCAGCGGCAACGGCAGUGCCGGCGCCAGCGUUGACGGUGACAGCGAUGAUGCGGCGGUGGGUGAUGACGGCGGCUCCAGGUAUGUGCUUGCCUUUGGCACGCUGCCGCGCGCGCCGCGCAACCCCCACGACCCGCUGUGUUGUGAGAAGUGGUUGCGGCGGGCCCUGGACCGCUGGUUCGCACCGCCGCGGGCUGAUAGGGCCGGCGACCUCCAGCAGCAAGCAGCAGGCCGGGAGCAGGAGAGGCAGCAUCAAGAGGAGGGACAGCAGCCGUCGCUCUCUGUGGGAGAGGAGGAGUCGGCCGAUGCGAGGGCGAGCGGCGCAGCGUCAGCGGUGCGGCGCGGCGCGGUGGGCGUUGCCGCCGGGUCCUCGGCGGGAGCAGCACCUGCUGCUGCAGCGGCUCCUGCUGCGCCGGCUGCUGACGCGGCGGCGGCGGCGCUACCGCGGCCGCAGCAGCUGUGGGCGCUGAUUGACGAGGCGUCGCAGGCCGUGGCGGCGCCGGCCGUGGGUGGCAUGGUGCUGCUGGAGUGCCGCUCCAGCUCGGCUGCGAGGGCGAUGGCGGCUGGGCUGACUCGCCUGGCGGAGGCGGCGGAGGCGAGCGGCCGCAGCCCGCGUGUGAGCUACGCGGCCGUCCUGCCGGCGGCGGCCCUGCCCAGUGGCUGCGAGGAGGAUCGUGAGUGGCAGGACAACGGCUGCCUCUUCCGCAAGCUGGUGUUCCAGGCGCUGAUGGAUGUGUGGGAGCAAGCCGUGCCGCCGCCGUCACGCGCCGCUGCCGCCGCCCCCGACCGCGCCGCUGGCGGCGCCGCCACCAGCAACGGUGCCGCUGGCCGUCAGCCGCCGCCGCCUGUCGCCGCCGCCGCACCUGCUGGCGCCGGUGGCGCGGCUGCACCUGCUGGCGCCGGUGGCGCGGCUGCGCGGCCGCCUGCGGCGGCGGCGGCGGCGGGCGGCGCUGCGGGCACUGCGGCGGCGGUGCCCUUGAGUCACGAGGAGAUGCUGGUGCGGCUGGAGCGGCUGCUGGGACUGGAUGUGGAUGUGCGGCAGCUGUGGCUGCAGGCGGACUGCUGCGAGGUGGUGCCGGUGGAGGGCGAGGAGGAGGCGGAGGAGGUGGAGGGCGAGGAGCUCGAUGCGGAUGUGGAGGGCGAGGAGCUAGAUGAGGAUGAGGACGCUGGGGUGGGUGAGGUUGCGGAUGGCGACCUGCUGGGUGACGCGAGUGAGGAGGACGGCAGCAGCGAGGAGGAGGGGUUUGAGGAGGAGGAGUUUGAGGAGGAGGGGUUUGAGGAGGAGGCAUGAGAGGAGGAGGGGUUUGAGGAGGAGGCAUGAGAGGAGGACGGCGAGGGGCUGAGUGAAGGGUUCAGUAGCGAGAGGCGCGAGCAGUCUGACGGCACAAGGUUGUUGUAGGUAUACAGGCCCCGGUUCCAAGCAGGCAGGAUUCGAGGCAGGCAGGGUAUCAGGCAUGGAGCGCAGGACGACGCUGUACGGGAAGGGGUUGCGGGGAUGGCUGCGGUACGGUGGAGGUAGGCACACUUACACGUGCACGUGCGUGCACGGGGACACACAUGCACAUGCGGUUUGGCCACGUGGCCGUGGAAGCAGCUUGCAGUGUGGUGGGGUAACGGUAGGGCGGGUUUGAUGCCGCAGCGCGGCACGUGGGGUGGCUAUUGAUGAGCGGCCUGCGGUGCAGUGUUCCGAAGGCGAUUGAGUGGCUGCGGUACGGGGCGUGUAGCAGGGCCGCACCUAGCCACCAGCAUAUGUCGCAACGUACGUGGCAAGUCCUUUUAACAAUGCCUCAGAAUGCUCGCUGUGACUAGGGUGGCUAGGGGCAGGCCGGGCAGCUCGCACUGGUCGGGCUUGAGGAGUUGAGGUAGGCUGCCGAGCCUCUGCAUGAGUACCGCACAUCAUGUGUACCUCUACAAGCAUGCAGUUACGUGCCUGGCAGGCAGGGGGGGGUCGGCAGUGUGGGCCAGUUCAUUCUGGAACUUCAGAGAGAAAUGAGGGGCGGCACGGAGGGGGUAGCUUGUGCCAGAGGGUGAAAUGUGCGGCAAGCGUUGAAGCCGGCGGGUGGGCACCGUGGCGCCAUGUGUACUGCGGGGCUGUUGGAGAGUGCCCAUGGCGGAGGUGUUGGAGGCGCCAGACGGUGUGUGAUGGCGCCAGACGGUGCCACAGACAAGAGUGCAGAUGUUGCGGGUUACGCCUCCGGCAGGACAGUUGACACGGCAGUUGAUGUGAAUGAGGCAGAGUCCCAUCGCCCUAUGGUCACUCACAAGCAGCGUGCUGACCUGGCCCACGCAGUCCGUCUCGCCCAGGUUGCCAUCUCCUUUCCCGACACCGAUCACCAUGUAAAACCCAUUUAAA